AUGCGACGGUCAGCACCACAUGCAGUCCAUCCAGAUGGCACCGCGCAGCCCAUCCAUGGCAGCCGUCACAUCCUUCCCUCUGCAUCACGAAGCCUCAAUCCCUAUGGUUACCGUCCAAUCCGUCGUCUCCAACACCAUGGUGCCGCCGUUUUGGACCUUGCGUUUGACGAUCGCCACAUUGUCACCUGUUCGAAAGACGUCUCCAUAUGUGUCUGGGAUCGACACACUGGUGCUCUGCUCCGACAGCUACGCGGCCACGCUGGGCCCGUGAACGCUGUUCAGCUCAGGGGUAACACCAUUGUGAGCUGCAGCGGUGAUUUCCGUGUCAAGCUUUGGAACGUCGAUACGGGCAAGAACAUCCGGGAGUUCGUCGGGCACACCAAAGGCCUGGCCUGCAGCCAGUUUACUGAGGACGGCCGCUUUGUCGCUUCUGCAGGCAACGACAAAAUCAUUCGCAUCUGGGAUGCGAAUACGGGCGAGUGCGUUCGAGAGAUCAAGGCCCACGAUAAUCUCGUACGCAGUCUCCACAUUGACUCUGUGAGCGGUCGUUUGAUCAGCGGAAGUUACGACCAGGACAUCAAGGUAUUCGACAUGGCGACUGGGCGUCAACUACUGGAUUUCCCUAAGUGGCAUGCCAGCUGGGUACUCAGUGCCAAGAGCGACUAUCGUCGCAUCGUCAGCACUGGUCAAGACCCCAAAAUUCUCAUCAUGGACUUUGGUGCCAAUGUCCAAGGCAUUGAGAUGCUCAACAGUGCCCGUGCUGUUGAGGUUGAAGGGGAAUACAUCUGAGGCAAUUUGCCCUGCCGACUUGGGCGUAGAUCAUGCAUAUGAAAGCGUUUUGACUGUUGUGUUUUGGCAUGAUUGGCAUUGGGUUUGUCUUUUUCUUGUUUCAUGUUGGAAACAAUGUCAGUGUGGAAUUCUCAGGGUACAUUUAGGACAUCGUGGCGUUAUGUUUUUGGUCGCAAGGGAAGUUUUGCUGAACGCAUAGCAAUUGUGGCAUUGGAAAUCGGGAGAACUACGUCGCAUGAGACGUCAGAAAGAAGGCGUCAAACUUAGAAGACUGGCUCCCUGCCGUCACAAACUUGGAAGAAGAGGUCACUCGCUUCGCAAUGCGAGUACAUGUAUAGGAAACAUGGCUAGAUAGACUACCACAUCAUCGGUCCCAUCGACCUGCCAAGAAUGACCAUGAUUUAGAAGA